ACCUUUCCCAUCUCCGAACCUCCACCACCAUUCCAUAAUCUCCAUGUACGAUCAAGAACAGGGUCAAGCUUCCAAACGCCCAUAGCCCCCACUCCGCUCCUCGGUUGGUCCGCAAGAUAUUUCAAAUCUGGUGAUCGAAUAUCGCCAGUGGACGCUUCUACUCCGGGGCUGGCUUGGAGGGUAGGAAGUAUAAAGCCAGCCCCCUUCCAUUCUCUCAGUUCUAUCUUCAUUCUCAAUCAGUUCUCUAUUCAAUCUCAAACAUCCAUUAGUUCUUACAAAAAACAAACACAAUGACUAAAUCCAUCCCAGAAAACGCCGUCUGGCUUAUAUCAGGCUGCUCCUCUGGCCUUGGCCAGAACCUCAGCACACUCCUCCAAGAAACCAACACCUACCGCAUCGUAGCAACAGCCCGACGCCUCUCCGCCCUCUCCUACCUCCCCUCCUCCCCAAACAUCCUGAAACUCGAGCUCGACGUCACCUCCCAAACGUCGAUCGACGCGGCGGUCGCAGCAGCAGUUGAGAAGUUCGGGAGAAUCGACGUCCUAGUCAAUAAUGCAGGAUACGGACUCAUGGGCGAUGCAGAGGGUACCUCCGACGCCGAAGCACGCGAGAUAAUGGAUACGAAUUUCUGGGGUGCGGUCAAUAUGACAAAAGCUGUGCUACCUGUAUUCCGUGAUGUGAAUCCGGCUGGUGAUGGAGGCGUCGUUGUGAUGGUCAGCUCCAUGGGUGGCUUCAUCGGUUUUCCCGGGGGCACAUAUUACCAUGCGAGCAAGUUCGCCAUGGAGGGAUUCACAGAGAGCGUGGCGAAGGAGAUGUUCCCUGAGUGGAAUAUCAGGUUCUUGAUUCUGGAGCCUGGUGGAGUCAAGACGAAGUAUGCAUCCGGAAUUAGAUACUCAAAAAGGCAUCCGGCGUACUUGGAUCCAAAGGGACCCACCAAUCAGAUGAUUGCGUAUCUCCAGACCCCAGGUAUUGAGGAUGCUUGGGGUGACGCAGUGCUUGUGGUCAAGGCUUUGGUCAAGGUCGUGGCGUCUGAUGAUAUUCCGUUCAGAUUGCCCAUGGGGAGUGAUGCGUGGGGAUUGAUGAAAGCGGAGGUGCAUGGCAUGGACAAAGAACUUGAGAAGUGGAAAUCGGUGAGCGAAAGCUCCUCAGGUGGGGAACAGUUGGAGAGUGUUGAAUUUUUGAAGAAAUGAGGAUACAACGGCAUUGUUCAGUAGCUUUUGUAAAUAGAUUUUUUCAAGGAGCCACUUAGCUAUAAAUUAGAAUGAGCAUUUAAAAACAAGGGCAAAGCUUGCUCUCUCGGUGAGAAAUAUACGAAACUCGAG